AUGAGGUAUCUGAAUCGUGAUUGUGCAGAUGGAGGCUGCGUAACAAGGUCGUGGUGGUCAUAAUUUUAUGGCCUGUGCGAAGCGUGGAGAAUGAGGUGCUCUCCAAGGUCUAUAUGGGGCCAGACACUGCGUUGUCUUUGCUUGGCUCUUCUGUUUAACUGUGUGCUGGUCUCGGGACUGGACAAAGUGCACACGGAGAUUCAGGCUGGGCCCUUGUAUCGAGUCGAGGGCUCUGAGCUCUCCAUCUCCUGCAAUGUGAGCGGCCUUCCUCCACUCCCGGAUGGCAGAAAUGACUUUGAGUUCCGAGUCAAGAAGCCUGCAAACCCAAAUUCUGAGUUAAAUAUUAUAAGCUCCGAAUCCGAAAACUUCCCCUAUUCAGUGUAUCGAGGACGCGUGAGAUCUGGGGACAUCAGUGUAAAACAUGUGAACCCAAACUCGGUGGUCUUUACAAUUCUAUCCCUUCAGAAGGCAGAUGAAGGGGAAUAUGAGUGCAGCGUUAUCAACACCAGAGCCUCCUUCUAUGGGACAUACACUGCAAUGACUACAGUCAAAGUGAUAGACAACUCCUUAAGCAUCUCGUCAUCAGCCCCUGCUUCUCUAGCUCAAACAGAGGGAGAUAGUUUGGAGUUAACCUGUGAAGCUUCCAGCAACACCAUCCAACACACGCAUUUGUCAUUUGGAUUUUUCCUCCGUGGAAAUGGAGAAAAUGCCAUUCAUCCAGUUAUCUCAAUGGACAGAGAUUUUGUAUUGAUCCCAGGGCAGGAUUUUGCGGAGCGUUACAAAGCUGGACUGAUCAGGUUGGAUAAAAUUGGGGAGGUGACAUACAGACUUAAAAUGUCUCACUUGAAGCUGUCAGAUCAAGGCGCAGUAUAUUGUGAGGCUAAAGAGUGGAUACAGGACCCCGACCAGACCUGGUACUCCAUAGCAACGAAAACAGCAACGGAAACAAGCCUCACUGUGAAAGCUAAAGAGGUACUGUUAGAUUCUGCGUCACUGUUGGUUACCGUCGCUGUACCACAAUCUACCCUGCAGGAGGGGCAGCGGCUCUCUGUGUCCUGUGCUGUGGAAUCCCAGAAUCUAAAGCAGAAAUUUUUCUCUUUGGCCUGGCUGCGUGGAGGAGUAGAGCUGGCUCGCGUCGGCCCCACUGGAGUUUUGACUGUGGGGCCCGAUUACAGCAGCAGGGAGAGAGAGGGGGAGCUCCGGGCCGCAAGGAUUGGGGACAGGGAUUAUAGUUUGAUUCUGCAGCCUGUCAGGACCAGUGAUCAGGGAGAGUUUGUGUGCAGAGCAUGGCCUGAGGAGCGGACCAGCAUUGGUGAUUUCAUUCAGGGUGCUGCCCAGGACUCUAAGCCCCAUACUGUCACCAUCUCUGCUACAGAAAGUGGCCUCUCUGUUGAAAUGCUCAACAGUGUGCGGGUGAAUGAAGGGGGCACGCUGGAGCUGUCCUGCAGAGUGUCUGGAGUCACUGGUCAUCUCUCUGUGACCUGGCAACGCAAGUCAAACUCCCCAAGUGCCUCUUUCUCCAGUCUGGUCAGCCUAAACAGGGACGGGAUCAUGGCCAAAGCUGAGGGCAGUGUGGAUGUGAGAGUGAAGGCACUUCGCCCAGCCUCGGACCUCUUCACUCUGGAACUGGAGGAGGCCACACAGGCUGCUGCUGGCUUUUACCAGUGUGUGGUGUCAGAAUGGAAAACCACUAACAACAAGGCCAGCAGCCUAGAGGCAACCUCUGAGGUGGUUGUCACUCCUCUAGAGUCAUUUGCAAGUGUUUCUGUAAUUGGCCGAAACCACAAAGCCGCAGAAGGACAGAAGGUGGAGCUGAUUUGUCGGAUCAAACGGUUGAAGCUGCCUCGAACUUUGAUCUGGAGUGUUCGCCGUGGCUCCACGACUCCAGACAGCAUCCUGACGCUGUACUCCAAUGGUGCCAUCAGCUGGUCUGGAGACCAACAACAAUACCAGCUGAAAAUAGAGAACAAAAACCAACAGGAUGAAAUGUGGUAUCACCUGAUCAUAAGUAGUGCCAGCAAAAAAGAUGCCGGAAACUACAAGUGCAGUGUGUCUGUGGUCCUGGACAAGGCCCCAAGAAAGCUGCAUUCCUCUGAACUUGCUGUUAGUGUGGACAGCCCAGUGAGUGAUUUAACUCUGACCUCGACACCAUCCAUCAAAGCAAAUAUCAAUGCAGAUGUAGAACUAAAAUGUUCUGUUUCCUCGAAUAAUCCUGUGUUGUCUCGUUAUGCUGUCACCUGGUUGCUUCUGGAUAUUAUAAAUACGACAGGAGGACAUAAGAUGAUUGUCAAUUCAGACCAAGAUGCCAUUGUAACAUUCGGGCCUGAUGUGGAGGUGAAUCAGAGGCAACGCCUCAGUGUGAGUCGAGCUAAGGGCCCAGAGUUUGUUCUGAGCAUCCGUAACACACGCUCCUCAGACAAAGGGGUUUACAGCUGUGAGGUGGUGCAGUGGCAGCAGGACCCCAGUGGAGAGUGGCAUCAGCUCCCUCCUGUCUCCAAAAGCACACAGCUCACUGUUACUGAACCUGCCAGUGAUCUUCAUUUGAAUACUACCACACCUGUUUUGAAUGUAAAAGAAGGGGAAGAUGUGGAGCUGGAGUGUAAACUGAUCUCUGCAGUGGAUAGUCCGUCUUUCUUCUACAAAGUCAUUUGGCUGUAUUCUGAGCACAAUGGCCCCAUCAGGAAUGUCCCAUUGGUGGAGCUGGAUCACACAGGACUACUGUCGUACCCUGUGCACCAGGACGUGAGGGCCCUGCAGGGGAGGCUGCGGCUGCUCAGGCCUGCACAGAGCAGCUUUGACCUGGGCAUUCACACAGCUCAUGAGCAAGACAGUGGGACGUAUGUUUGCCGUGUGGAGCAGUACCAGCUGGACCGGGACAGACAGUGGCAACAGAAGGCUGCAGAUGAGACCAGCCCUAUGGCACUCAAUGUUAUUGUUACAGAAAGCAAUCUCUUCAUUCAAAACAGCAAUACGGAGUUCAACAUCAGCACUUCCCAGAGCCUCACUGUCCCCUGCAACAUCAUCAAACAGUCCAGCCCCCUGUCACAGUUCCAGAUCACAUGGUUCUGGCAAAAAGAUUCAAACACAGAACGACGCCCUCUUUUUACAGCUUACCGCAAUUCCACCUUACAAUACUGGUUUGGAAAGAGCGAUGAGCAACUUAGGUUUGGCCACCCAUUACCCAAUCAUUUCAGCGUUACCAUAGUGAUGCCCAGUCCCGCAGACAGUGGGGUGUACUUCUGUGAGGUGGAGGAGUGGGCGCCGUCUUUGUCCAACGGGUGGAGACAGGUCGCAGUGGAGAGAUCGGGAUAUUUAACCGCAAGUGUUUACGCAGAAGACGGGGUCAGAGUGUCUGAGCCGGUGUGCGACUCGCCGACCUGGAUUGGAGCGUUUUUUGGUGUCACCGUUUUAUCGUUGCUGGUAAUUCUGCUGUUGGUGCUGAGGAUGUGCCGAGGUAACAGUUCAGCAAAGAAGCCAGAGACGUCAUUAUGGACUGAGAGUCACCAACUGAACCCAAAAGACUGAUUGGAAACAUUUAAUUUUAUGCUUUUGCCACUUUAUAAUAACUACACUUCACUUAGCCUUAAUAAAACAUGAACAUAGACUUAAUUUAAACUAGAAGAACAAAUAUUUUUGGAAGAAUCUUUCAGGCUCAGUCUUAAUAUAGCUUAGGUUCAUUUAUGGGUUAGGAGGAGUUUGGGUAUUAAUUAGGUAGUUACUAAACCUCUGAAUCAUUCUUUAAGAGGUAUUAUGCCAAAUCCACAAAUAGCAUUUUCAAAACAAUAAAAGGUAAUACGGCUAUUAAAAGUGUAGUUAUUAUAAAGUAUUACCCACAUUUCUGUUCUUGUUUUAUAUAUUGUUUUUUUUAAUACAAACAGCCAGCCAUUAGACAUUUUUAAGAUCCAGUGGAGGAAAUUACCUUCCUGAAGUAAUGAGCAUAAAAUGAAAAAUGCUUUUUAGUUUAGAGCUUUAUGAAAAGUCCCCAGCUUCUUAGUGUUCACGAUGGAUAGUUACACAGUGAACCAGAUCUCCUCUCAGGAUUACCAUUUCAAAGCAACACAGUGUGACUGACAGAAUCCUGUUUUAUGCAGCCAUGAUAGCGUGUCUCUUGUGUGAAAAAGUCAAUGUGAUGCGCGUGUCGAGGAGAAGCUGAAACUAGGAAGUGGCUUGUGGUUGUGAGAACUAUGUGGUUGGCAAAUGUGCUGUUAGAUAUUAGAUUUCUCAGCUGAAUUCAUGCAUCUCACUUUCUGCCAGAUUAGUUAUGCUCAGACUUACUCAAAAACCAAAGUAAAGGUAAUUUAAACAAAGUGAUUAAAGUGAACACAACACGCAGGUUUUUAUUAUCAUAUCAAUAAGGUUACCAAACAUCUGGGCUUAAUGAAAACUGAUGAAUUGUUUAUUGAUAAAACUGAUUAAAAUUUGUACUAGCUCUCUGUUACCGAUGGAUUUUAUAAUGAUGAAAAAAAUGGGAGUGUUUGCGUAGCAUCUGGUGGAGAUAUGGUUCGCCUGAAUUGCAUAUACCCUGAUCCUUUGCAUCGGCCUUGGCAUUUUCAUUUACUCAGCAAAAUUUCAAUCUGACUCAGUCUUCGGACAACAUCUAUUUGCUACACUUCUCCUUGUGUGGCUGCAUCGUUCCUAUCAAU